AGCGAUAAAAAUAACUUGACUUUAGUGCAUCGUUUGUGUUUUUGCAAAAAAAAAUAUUUCGAACUUUAGAAAAUGAUUAUCGAACACAUAAAACCAUGGAAAAAACAUAUUUUCAUAAAGGGGGUCGCGGUUUUUUUCUUAGUAUUUAUAAUUGUUAUAGCACCGUUAUGUUAUAUUGUAUUCCGUAGGCACAAAUUAGAACCAGCCUAUGACAACACGGCCUUGAAUUCAGUUUGGAAAUGGGAAUGUGAACAAAAUUCGUGUCAGAAGAAGCGGAUUUCAAAUAACGAUUCCGCGGCACUCAGUCUACCAGCUUGUAGAUUAUUUUGCGCGGAUAGCGCGGCGCUGUGGCCAAAACCUACGGGGGAUUUCACAAUGGGAAGUCUUCUAACCAAAAUUAACAUCAAUAGCAUAGAUGUUAUUUCUAAUGCUUCCGAAACUCCUAUUUUUGAUUUGGUAACCGGAGCUGUGAAGGAAUUUAGAGCAGAUAUUCAGGCUUCUAUUAAAGGAACCGUAAAAUCUGGUGGAAAAUCUGUGUUGGUAUCCCUGAAUAUUGCUAACACGUCUUUGAACCGAUUAACGUUAGAAACGAUCGAAAGUUAUUCUUUAUUUAUUACGGAAACUAACUAUUCAACUAUCGACGUACGUAUAACUGCUAAUAACUAUUUUGGAGCUAGACAUGGUUUACAAACAUUAUCCCAGUUGAUUAUUUUUGACGAUUUGAGAGACGAACUACAAAUUCCAACAGAAGUUGUUAUAACGGAUAAACCUGCGUACCCCCAUCGUGGUUUGUUAUUAGAUACGUCGAGAAAUUAUAUAACUGUAGACGCGAUAAAAAAAACCAUAAAAGCUAUGGGUGCUUCUAAGCUCAAUACAUUCCACUGGCAUAUAACAGAUUCUCAAAGUUUUCCCUAUUACUCUAAAUCCCAUCCGGAGCUAUCUAAAUUAGGAGCAUAUUCGCCGUCUAAAAUCUACAGCUUAACUGACGUUAAAGACAUAGUAAAUUACGGAAAACUUAGAGGUGUCAAAGUUAUACCCGAAUUUGAUGCACCUGCUCAUGUCGGCGAGGGAUGGCAAGAUACUGAAUUUGUAGUUUGCUUCAAUGCACAACCGUGGCAGUCUUAUUGCGUCGAACCCCCUUGCGGACAAUUUGAUCCCACACAAGAUAAAUUAUACGAUUUAAUUGAAGAUAUUUAUGGUGAUAUGCUGGAACAAUUUGAUCCCGAUAUAUUUCACAUGGGAGGAGAUGAAGUUAAAUUUGAUUGUUGGAAGGAAACGCCAAGAAUCGUCGCUUGGAUGGUCAACAAGGGAUGGAAUUCCACGGAUCCAGAAAAAGAUUACGUGAAACUUUGGAAUUAUUUCCAGAAAAACGCAUUGGAGAGGUUGUAUAGGAAAGCAGGAAGAAAAAUACCAGCCAUAAUGUGGACCAGUCAUCUUACUCAACCGGAAUAUUUAUUGGAAUCUCUCCCAAAGGAAAACUACAUUAUCCAAGUUUGGACAUUGGCUAACGAUUCCCAAAUCAAUAAUUUAUUAGAUAAUGGAUACAAUAUUAUUUUGAGUAACUACGACGGUCUUUAUUUAGAUUGCGGUUUCGCUGGUUGGGUACAAGACGGCAAUAAUUGGUGUUCGCCUUACAUUGGUUGGCAAAAAGUCUAUGAAAAUAAACCAGAAAGAAUAGCUGGUCACAAAGUGAAUCAAGUGCUUGGCGCAGAAGCGGCCCUAUGGACAGAACAAGCAGAUUCGGCGUCAAUAGAUACCAAAUUAUGGCCUAGAGCAGCAGCUAUGGCCGAAGUACUAUGGAGUAAACCAGCAACAGGCUGGGAAGCUGCGGAAGAAAGAUUUUUGGUUCACAGAGAUAGACUGCUCGAUAUUGGAAUCAAUACCGAUACUAUUGAACCUGAAUGGUGUAUGCAAAAUGAGGAAAAUUGUAGGAUUGGUUCUAGUUUUAACAUACCAUCGAAUGAUUUGUGAGAAAUUGAAGGAUACGAGGAUUUAAAUUGAAACAAAUAUAUUGAAAUCAUAGUUACUCAUAACUAUGCGAGUUUUGAAUCCACUGAAAGUUUUUGUUAAUCAUAAAUGUUGGAAAAAUUAUAUUUGAGAGAUUAUUGAUUAGAUGGUAAAUACUCUUAUUUUUAUAUUUAUCUGUUAAAGAAAUAUAUUUAUUAGGAAGCUUUAAAGAAAAUUGGAAUGGAAUACAAAAAAAAAUUAAUUAUUAGGAUAUAACGUUUAUUGUUUUAUUUCUGAUGAUGAAAUUGUUUGAUAUCCUACCUUAUAUUCACUCUUGACAUAUUCUAGAACAUUGUAGGAUAACCUAAUAGUCAACUUCUUCUGGAAACAUCCUGAACGUAGUUCAAUAAAUGCAACUACAAACUUGAGUUUUGAAAGUGCCUUUCUACAAUUGCUCCACUAGAUUUGUAGCACUUUUCAAAUAAAAAGAAAGCAGUAAAAGUUGCCUUAUUGGUUAUGGCCUUGAAGGUUAUUCAUCAAUUGUGAAUAAUAUCGAAGCAAAUGAUGAAAAUACGAACGAAAUAAAACUCUAGUUUGGGUAUUUCUUCUUUGCAUUUAAGAUAAAAAUUAUAUUUAAUUUAACAAAUCAAAAUUACCACUUUUUUUAUUGACAAAAAACGAUUUUUUAUAUAAUAAUUGAAUCAUUUGGAAAUCCAUACAAAGAAAAUGAAGAUAUGGAAUCCUAACCUAACAUAACCUAAACAAGUUUUAAUGAUCUGUAAAAAUUGUUCAAAUUACGAUAUGCACAGGCUGCGAUUUUUUACUUUUGCGCUUCGAUUCGGUUCCGUCUCUCUAAUAUCCUUCAAAAUUGCAUUUAAUCAUUUUUUCUUUGGUCUCACCAUUCUCCAAUACCUAGUCCUUUUUGCAAAUCUCUUUCCCGACUCUUUGGGCUUUUAUGUAUCUUUUUAUUGAUGGGUAUUCAUACAAAUCUUUCAGCACUUCUUCUCCCUAGUCUUUCACUUGUUUUUAUCCACCAAUAACUUUCCUCAACACCUUCCAUUUCCAUAUAACCAGUUUUGUUUCUUCAGCCUUGGUUUUACUUUCUUCGGCUAUUCUCUUUUUAUUUCUAUCCGCUCUUCAUUUUUAUUUGACAGUGUUGCUUUCAAUCUUAUAUUUUUUGUCCUUUCCUUCUUUAGUCUAUAUUCUUUUUUACCUAUUUUUGUCUUAGCACCAAACAUUUUAAUUUUCUCUUGGUUCAUUAUUAAUCCAUCAUUUUUAGCAGCCUAUUUUAGUUUACAAAUCGAUCUUUCCAUUUCUUUUUUUGGUUUCCAUGAGCAGUUAUUUGCUACCUCAUGAGCUUUCCCUUUCCCUGCUAUGUGAGUUAUUAUGUCCGUCACUUUGUCAUAAGCCUAUUUAGAAUCUAUAAACAUUAUGUGAAAGCCUAUUUUCGUCAUAGCUUUCAUCCAUGAUCGUCUUAAUGGUAAAACAAAACAAAAUUAAAAAGGAUUUAUGGAAAAUAUUGAUUUUUUCCAUUUUGCAUGCUGAAUACACUGUUCAUACCACGACUACAUCAACAGUUUCGAUUACACUGUCUGACGCGCGUUUCGAUCACCAAGUUAUCGUCUUCAGAUGCUGAGUGCAAUCCACUUAAAUUUGAUUAUUCCACAAAUUCAUCAGAAUGUCUUGUCAAAUGAUAUUAUUAUGUUUUAAGUAUGUGUAAUCCAUUUAAAAGAUAGUGUCACUUAAAUCUCAAGUGCUACUGAUGUAUUACUAUUGAAAAAAUGAUGUAAUUAUACUAAUAAUACAUAAUUAUUUACUGAAUAAAUGAUAUUUAUUUUUA